UUCUCACCAUUGCUGCAGGUACUGCGCCUGAUGCAAGCUAUCCCAACGGUUCUCGUCGCUCUCUCCGCCAAUGUCAACCCGCAGCACACACCCAAGAAGGCGAGCCGCGUCGCACGACCGUAGCGAACAGAACCCAGCGGAGCGGUCUCACUACGUGAAGUUCGGCGAGGCAGAGAUGCGAGACGUCAGACGGCAAGUCUCGUUAGAUGUGAAGUCGUAAGGGUGUAUUACCAUGAGUCGUCCCCAGCGCCGAUACUGGUAUCAAGGUCCCUGCAGCCGAUUUCAUGCUUUGAUACGGCGAAGGAAUAUUGACAGGAGGAUCUCAUGGGAGACCUAUAUUAAAGCUCCGCCGACCCACCAGCCCUCCUGUAUGUCGCAAGUUCUGAAUUUCUCACCACCUUCGACGGCCCGGCCAUCCUAACAGAGGCAAGAAUGGACGCUAGUACUCGCACCGAUAAGAAGAGUACCAUCUCGAUAUUCAGCACUCCACCAAAUCUGCUGCGGUAGGACGGUGAUCCAACGGGGCGGACAGGCGACCCGUAACGGCCAGUGCCACUGAUUUGGUACCGUUGUAUGCCCUCUGCGACUCUAACACUGGCAUGUCGGGAGGUCGCUCAGAUCAUUGCUUCGGCUGCCGUUAGCCAAGGUUUCCUCACUGCGGUCGGCUGGCCCUGCAAUAACUCUGCACACUUCCUUGAACGGCUCGCUAACCCGAAAGGCAAGCAGCUCUCGGAGGCAUUCUACACCGUCUUUUGCUGCGGCGGCCGCGACUGGAUCCUGAAAUAUCAGCGUAUCUUGACGUUGUGCGACGAUAUUCUUGCCGAGCGCGGCGGCCAUACUGGUUCUUCAUAUCUCGAAGCGUUUGAGAAGUAGGAGACGGCACUACGGGGUGCGCUUCACAAGGUCGGUGUCUUCUUACUAUGUGCCAUGAUGGCUUACCGUUGACUGCUCUC